AUUCUUAAAGCGUACACGAGCACAUAAAGUGAGGAAGGCGAGCGCGAGCUAUGCGAUGGACGCCGUGCGUUUACGCGUUACAUUAGACGCGCGGCGAGCGGAUGAAACUGGUGGCGAGGCUGACGUUCCUUUGUAGUAUAGAUGAAAGGACGUCAAAAGUGUGCUUUCUGCAGCUCUCAAAACACUAAAGAUCACCGCGAAAGGAAGCGUUUUCCUCGCUCUUUGCGGAUUGGGAUGGCAACAGAUUGAGGCGCAUUGGACAUCAGACUGCGAGGAUGCUGAGGAUGAUGCUGGCUUAGAUUGUUUAUCAUCUUCGUGAUCACAAUGUAUACGUGUUGCAAACAGAUGCGUUGUGGAUAAUCCUGUAAUAGCUGGAGGAAUGUUUAGUUCAGGUUACUUUUCCGUGGAAAUCGGCGUCGCACAUCUGGAUUAACUCUUAAGGAAGAUAUGAUUCACCUAGUCACAUGUAUGAGCCUCGUCCUGUCUCUGUUUGGAUGCCACAUCUGCUCUGCAGGGGCGAACCGCCCUGCUGCUCCUGUCAAUGUCUCUGUUACUCACCUGCGGGCAGAUUCGGCCACCGUGUCCUGGAAUAUUCCGGAGGGAGAGACCGUAAUUGGCUUUGCCAUCUCACAGCAGCGUCAGGACGGGUUGAUGCAACGUUUCAUUCGUGAGGUGAACACGACCAGUCGUGCUUGUAUACUUUGGGAUCUGGAUGAAGACAUGGAUUAUAUUAUCCAGGUCCAGUCCAUCGGACUCUAUGGAGAGAGUCUGGCCAGCAAAAAGAUUCACUUCAGGACGCUUAAAAAGUCUGAACAUAUUCAAUCCACCAUGAUGGAUCAGGAUGACCCUGCAGUUGAGGGUUUAGACCUUUCCAGACACCUGCAGACUGGAGAGAUACUGAUCAUUAUGACUGUACUGCUAAUGUGGGCAGCUGUGAUCGUGCUCUUCUGUAAGCAGUACGAUAUCAUCAAAGACAACGACUCCAACAACCACAGUAAAGAGAAGAGCAAGCCACUGUCCGGCCAGAGCACUCCAGAGUAUCAUAACGGAGGCCUGCUGGGCAGCAAGUUCCAAAGGACAUCAUCCUCUGUCAGCAUCAUCAAGGUUUAACCACAGCAUCAUCACGGAUCCUGGUCUGUCAGACCUGUCGGCGGAUAUCAGCUCUUCUGAUAUUCAAGCGGUAAAGGCAAUAGUAACGUGAACCUCUCAGCUCCCUCAGCCACAUCGGGAAUUGUAAGGUAGUAUACGGGCAUUCGGUAGUACAGUAUACUCCAAUAAACAACAAUGCCCUGGACAAUGAACAUACUGUAAUUCUUUGACUAAUACAUCAACUGUAAUCAUGGAAGGAGCUAUCGGUGCUACGAAUAUGAUUGUGAAAACACGUGUGUGUCUGUGUGUGUGGUGUGUGUG